AAAAUUCCAGAGAUAUCAACAACGCUGCAUACAUAAAGUAGUACCACAACCGGCGCUUCGCGGGACGCGUAUUCAUAUGAAUGUUAUCCGCCUUGUCUGACUUCAUUUCCGCCUCUACGGACAGACUUUAGUCAGCCGGCAUUUUAUUUUCAGAAAUUCCUUGCCCGUGUGUGACCUGCGACAAAGAUCCUAUUGGUUGGCCAACUUGAGGUGUUUUAACUAAUUUUAUUUUUUCACCAAGUCCUCUACGCAAUGCCUGGAUUUUCGGACAGGGAUCGUGGCAGAGAUAGAGGGUAUGGUGGUGGGCCCCCUCGUUUUGGUGGUGGUGGAGGAGUAAACAGGGGUGGACCCCCUCCAGGAAAGUUCGGAAACCCUGGUGAGAGGCUCAGAAAGAAGCACUGGAACCUUGAUGAGCUUCCAAAAUUUCAAAAGGACUUCUACCAGGAGCACCCAGAUGUUACACACAGACCAAUUCAAGAAGUUGAACAGUACCGCAGAAGCAAAGAAGUUACAGUUAAAGGCCGAGAUUGCCCAAAACCAAUGAUAAAAUUCAUUGAAGCCGCAUUUCCAAGCUAUGUCAUGGAUGUCAUUAUCAAACAGAGCUGGACUGAUCCAACUCCAAUCCAAGCUCAGGGGUGGCCUGUUGCACUGAGUGGGAAAGACUUAGUUGGCAUUGCUCAAACUGGGUCUGGGAAAACUCUUGCAUACCUUCUGCCUGCAAUUGUACACAUCCAGCAUCAACCUUUCCUGGAGCACGGAGAUGGACCCAUUUGCUUGGUUCUGGCACCAACCCGUGAGCUGGCUCAGCAGGUGCAGCAAGUAGCCGCGGAAUACGGCAGGGCCUCUCGCCUCAAAAGCACCUGCAUCUAUGGCGGGGCCCCCAAAGGACCGCAACUCAGGGACCUUGAGAGGGGGGUUGAGAUUUGCAUAGCUACGCCUGGCCGUCUUAUUGACUUCCUGGAGUGUGGUAAAACUAAUUUGCGCCGCUGCACAUAUCUGGUCCUGGAUGAAGCUGACCGCAUGCUGGACAUGGGUUUUGAACCUCAGAUCCGCAAGAUAGUUGACCAGAUUCGGCCUGACCGUCAGACUCUGAUGUGGAGUGCCACUUGGCCAAAGGAAGUUCGUCAGCUGGCUGAAGACUUCCUGAAGGAGUACGUCCAGAUCAAUAUUGGAGCACUGCAGCUCAAUGUGGAGGAUGUGAAAUUUGUCAUCAAUUAUGACUACCCUAACUCCUCUGAGGAUUAUAUCCACCGCAUUGGGCGCACAGCCCGGAGUCAAAAAACGGGCACGGCUUACACAUUCUUCACCCCCAACAACAUGAAACAAGCCGGUGACCUGAUCUCUGUGCUCCGUGAGGCCAACCAGGCCAUUAACCCCAAGCUGAUCCAGAUGGCAGAUGACAGAGGAGGUCGUGGAGGUCGAGGAGGAAGAGGUGGCUACAAGGAUGACCGUCGCGAUAGGUAUUCUGGGGGAGGGAGGAGUAACUUUGGUGGUAGUGGCUACAGGGACAGGGACAACGAUAGGGGGUUUGGCAACGGGCCCAAAACUGCCUUUGGAGGCAAUAAGGCCCAAAACGGCAACAAUUAUGGCGGCAACUGUGGUAACUCCGGUGGCAGCUAUAGUAGUAACAAUUACAACGGCAAUGGACAGGGUAAUUUUGGUGGCCCCCUAAGUCAGGGAGGCUUUGGUAGCCAAAGCUUCCAAGGCCCGGCUCAGUUCAACAGCAUGCAGAACGGCAUGAAUCACCCACCGUUCCCAUUCAACUCUCAGCCGCCCCCACAAAGCCAACAGCCACCACCCCCACCACCAAUGGUGCCCUACCCCAUGCCGCCACCGUUCCCAUAGUAAAUGAGCCAUACGCUCAGUAUGUGGAACCACCAUGACUUCUGUUUAGUGUUGAAAAUUUACAGUAUGAUUAUUAUCCUUUGUACUAUUGAACUUUAUUUUGCUUGCAGCAGGGUUGGAAUUAAGCUAACCCCAAGCAUUAAAUGGAGUCCUAGACAUGUCUCCUGUUGUGCAACCAUGAUUUCUGCACUUUUCCUUAACUGUUUUGCUACAUUCCUCAGUAAUUUAUUUUACUAGGUAUUUAAGUGUUUUCAGUUUGUGGUAUGUUUAAAGUGGCGUUCUAAAGAUUGUAUAAAAAGGGUGCUUGUGGCCCUUUUUUAAAUAAAGACAAGAAAAUGGA